AUGUCGACGUCGCUGCCGCUGCCCAAUGGGUUCUUCAACACCAGUGCGCGCGUGUCGGAGGACAUGCGACGCCAGUACAUUGAGUUUGCCGAGAGCUCCAUCCGCAAGGUCUUUGCCCUGAGCGACUGCCACAAGAACAGCUGGAUCCCCACGCGCGAGAAGAAGGGGGUCGCGAUCUACCGCAACUUUGGGCAGAUUAGGGGCCCCGAGGCCUACAAGUCAAACGUGGCCGAAGUGGGCUGCAAGGGCCACCUCACGGCGUCGCUGGAUCAAGUCGGCCGCGCGUACGCCGCGCACAACGACGCGCUGUUUCGGCGCCUCAUGAAGAAACUCAACCCAGCGGUCAUGGACGCUGCUGUGCUGUUUACGGUCGUGCCCCGCACGCCACUCACGCCGUUUCGGUACAUUGGCAUCAAGUGGUUUGCAGUCAAGACGCCGACGCCCAUUGUCUCGCACCGCGACUACUGCUGCCUCGAGGUGCAAGACAAGAUCGUCGACUCGUUUGGCAACGAAAUGUACGUGCGCAUCCUCAAUUCGAUUGAGAUCAACGAGUGCCCGUCGCUCGAGAACUCGCGGGGCCUCGUGCGGGCCAAGAUACUCGCGGGGUACAUGUACCGCACGGACCGCGCCGAGCCCAACGUGGUGCGCGUGCACCACGUCGCGCGGUUCGAUCCCGGCGGGUACUUUCCUGCCCAGUGGGCGUUCAAGACGGCCGAGUCGCAGCUCGUGAGCAGCAUCGUGCAGAUCCGGCGCAUCGUCGAUAAGCAGCAGAUGAACUCGUGCACGUUCGUCGACAAGAAGCAGUGGGUCCCGAACCACGAGCGGCUGCACUGUGCUGUCUGCAGCCGCACGUUCGGCACGUUUCGUCCACGUCACCACUGUCGAAGCUGUGGCGAAGUCAUUUGCGGCAAGUGCAGUGUCUUCAAGUGCGUCGAAGUGCCAGGCACGACGCUCAAGAACGUUCGCAUUUGCUCUGUGUGCAACAUGGGCGUGCAGAAAGUCGCAGGCCAAGACGAAGACGGCAACAUGUCGGACACGUCGGCGUCGUCUGUGACGUCGAGCAGCACCGUCGCCCACAAUGAAAUGAACCUCAUGGACCUGUACAUGGUCAACGGCGGCGGCUCGCGCACGCCGUCGGCGUACUCGGAUGCGUCGGCGCAGUCGAACCUCUCGAUGCGCUCGACGACUUCGACGCGGUCGGUGUACGACCCUCCGCCUGGCCGAGCACACGGCCGCGCGCGCAAUGCCCGUGUGCCGGGCGCUUUCUUCAACGAGAGCAACACGCCGCGGUCGUACAUUGCCAACAACCUCACACCGGGCAGCACGCGCGGGUUCGGCUUUGGCUCGAGGAAUUCCACGCCCCGGUCGGGCGCCAACAGCGGCUCGACGACGCCGUCUGGCGGCAUGCGGCCGUCGAUCUCUGCUGCCAGUGUCGUGGCGGCUGCCGCCAUCACGUCGCAGCGGCUCUCGAGCUACAAACAGCACCCGGUGGACAUUGGGUACGUGCGAGACUCUGUGACGCGGACGUCGGCGGUGCUGGCGCGCGAACGGCCGGAGGACGGGACGACCGUGUGGCCGCCCGUCAAGAUGCAGCGGCUCGAGACCGAAGAGACGGCCGACGUCGACAUGGACGUUGACGCCCACGGGGACAUGGAAGUGAAGCGCGCGGCGCCGCCCGCGACGUGUGGGACGGACGACGAGCGGCCUAUGGGGGUACAAGUGCCGAGCGUCGAGCGCAUCUCCGAGAGUCCGCUCGAGCAGUCCAUGUGCAAGUCGACGACGACCGAUCGAGCGGCCAGUGCCGGUACGGCUGCGAGCCCCGUCGCCGGUGGUCUGCGGCCGUUCUUCAGCGGGAUCCUGUCGCGCGUGCGCGGCGAGUCGGUGGAGAAGUCCUCGCAGCGGACCGCCUAG